AUGUGGGUGCAGAUCCGGGUGCAGAUCUGGGUGCGGAUAGGGGUGCAGGUUCAGGUGUGGGUCUGGAUGUGGGUGCGGGUCUGGAUGUGGGUGCGGGUCUGGGUGCAGGUCUGGGUGCAGGUCUGGAUGUGGAUGUUCUACGACAGGGUGCGGGCGCUGCACCGGGAACCGCCCGCCUCGCUGGACAACCCCUUGCUGGCCUUCGGCCUCAUCAAGCGCCUCCGCUCCGAGUGGCCCAACGUGGUCUACAGCGAGGGCGCCAGCGAGAGCACGCAGGUCACCGGCCUGGACGUGCGGGCGCCCUACGCCGAGUACCUGCAGGUCGUCAACUAUGGGCUGGGCGGCCACUACGAGCCCCACUUCGACCACGCCACCUCCAGGAAGAGCCCCCUUUAUAGGAUGAACUCGGGCAACCGCAUCGCCACGCUCAUGGUCUACCUGAGCUCGGUGGAGGCCGGCGGCUCCACCGCCUUCAUCCACGCCAACGUCAGCGUGCCCGUCGUGAAGAACGCGGCGCUUUUCUGGUGGAACCUGCGCAGAAGCGGCGAGGGCGACGGCGCCACCCUGCACGGCGCCUGCCCCGUGCUGGCCGGCGACAAUGCCGGUCUCCGCUGGAUCGAGCGGAGCACAAACCUGCUCCAGACGCAGCCAACGGCCAAAUAG